UCUACAUGAGCUCCCGUACUUUGACUUGUUACCAGGGCAGCCAGGAAGAAGCUGUGAAGAAAACGGACUGAAGGAGACGCCUUUUAGUUUAGAUUACAUUUUUAAGCACUUUUAUACAGUGUUUUGUUUUAACUUUUACAUCGCCCAACUACGGUAUUAUUGUGUUACUUAUUUGUAGUACAUGUCCGACCUGAAUUGAUUGGCGUUCCCUUCGUUUAAUCGCGUAAAGUUAGCGUUAAAGUUAACACUAGCUAAGAAAACACUGUUCUAUUGGAUUGGAUUGAAUUGAUUUAGCUAAAUGUGAGGUUAGAAUCACUUUAGGAUCACUUUAACUAAAACUAUGCAUACUUUAGUUUAGCUUUACUUCAGCUUUAAUCUUGUUGCCCUCGAGGAUGCCCACCUGAAAGUGCCUGUCCCGUUAGCUGUUGUGAAAGGGGCUGGGCAGUCAUCAUGGACACUCAAACAGGAAAAAGUAUCUGAAAGAGACACGAUGGGCACGGCCUCCUCCCUGGUGAGCCCCGGCGAGGUGAUCGAGGACGGGUACGGCGGGGAAGGGGGAGAAGCCUGCGAGAUCCCGGUGGAAGUGAAGCCCAAAGCCCGUCUCCUCCGCAGCUCGUUCCGCCGGGGGCCCAGGGUGAUCGGGGCUAGUUUUAAGUCCACAGGCUCCGUGGACCUGGAGUACGCCGCGGAAUACGAGAGACUGCGCAAAGAGUAUGAAAUAUUUCGUGUGAGCAAAAAUAAUGAGAUCGCGUCCAUGCAAAAGAAGGAGGCCAAGCUGGAUGAGGAGAACAAAAGGCUGAGAGCUGAACUUCAGGCACUGCAGAAGACUUACCAGAAGAUCCUCAGAGAAAAGGAAAGUGCGCUUGAGGCAAAGUACCAAGCUAUGGAAAGAGCAUCUACUUUUGAGCAUGACAGAGACAAGGUUAAAAGGCAGUUUAAGAUUUUUCGUGAAACAAAAGAAAAGGAGAUUCAGGACUUGCUGCGUGCCAAGAGAGACUUGGAGGCUAAACUUCAACAGCUGCAAGCACAGGGCAUCCAGGUCUAUGAUCCAAAUGACUCGGACUCAGAUGAUAACCAGACUACUGUCACGGCUGCAGGGACCCAGUGUGAGUACUGGACUGGUGGCGUACUGGGAAGUGAGCCCUCUAUGGGUAGCAUGAUGCAUCUGCAACAAACUUUCAGAGGACCAGAGUUUGCUCACAGUCUUAUAGAUGUUGAAGGGCCCUUUGCUAAUGUGAGCAGAGAUGAUUGGGAUGCUGCAGUGGCCAGUCUCCUUCAGGUUUCCCCUCAUGUUCCCCAGGCAUUGUGGAGCAACACUGUGCGCUGCUACUUCAUUUUUACACAGGAAACCAAAGAAGAGCUGGAUAUAUUUAUAAAGAAACACUCUCCUAAACUGCGUAGGAUGUGUGAGGGUCUUGGACAUUUCUACCUGAACAUUUUCUUCCCAGAGAACACUGCUGGCUCUUACACUGCCGAGCGCAAACAGGAGAUAGAAAGAAGCUCAAUUUGUGUGCUCCUUCUAAAAUCUAAUGUAACCAGUGCGGUGGUAGACGACUGUGAAGAAGCCUUUGUUAAGAAUCCUGAGGGACAUCCAUUGGUCCUUUACUUGAGGGCUGACCAAGACCAAAAACUGACCACAUCUUCCAGGCAACUGCUAGAAAGGAUUAAUACAGCAGACAAGACAGGAAAAAUCAAGGUUGUGGAUCAUUGCAGUUCCUCGGAAGAUGGAGCAAAACUGAUUUACGAUCAGCUCGAAAGAGUCAUCAAACAGGAGCUGUUGGGUCUUGAGGGAGCGGAUGAUGACUCAAAGGAUUACGGGCAAGAAGAUGGAAGAGAGGAAGAUUCUGGCGAUGUGCUUUGGGACUUGCAUGAUGAACAAGAGCAGAUAGAGUCAUAUCAGCAGGCCUGUUGCAGCAGCUCCUCUCAGCUAGGCUUUCAGAAGUACAUUGAUCGGUUAAAUGACAUGAUAGCUGCACCUCCACCCACUCCUCCUCUGCUUAUAUCUGGUGGCCCAGGAUCAGGGAAAUCUCUUCUACUUUCAAAAUGGAUUGAACUACAGCAAAAGCAAUCUCCGAACACAUUGUUCCUGUACCAUUUUGUUGGCCGUCCACUUUCUACAAGCUCAGAGCCUGUUCUAAUAAUCAAACGCCUCACUGUUAAAUUGCUCCAGCACUUUUGGUCCAUUUCUGGGUUAUCAAUGGAACCUAGUAAGAUUUUAGAAGAAUUUCCUCGCUGGCUUGAAAGGCUGUCUGCACGCCACCAAGGAAAUAUUAUCAUCAUUAUUGAUUCGAUAGAUCAAAUACAGCACGCAGAACGCCACAUGAAGUGGCUGAUUGACCCUUUGCCUGUUAAUGUGCGAGUGGUGGUGUCUGUCAAUGUAGAGACGUGUCCGCAGGCCUGGAGGUUGUGGCCCACCCUUCACUUAGACCCUUUGAGUCCCAAAGAGGUAAAAAGUGUUGUUAACGCAGAGUGCCAAAAUGUAGAACUGAAACUUACCAAAGAACAAGAGAAGAAACUUGAAAGGCAUUGUCGUUCUGGAUCCACUUGUAAUGCAUUAUAUGUCACCUUGUUGGCCAGAGUCAUCACAAGUUUGUGCUGGCCUUUAGAAAAGAGUCUAGACCAGUGCCUACAAUGUCAGGACACCAUGACACUAUAUCGGGUAGCACUAAAGAUGACACUGAACUCACUCCAAACCGACAGAGAGCGAUAUAUUUUGAAAGAAAUUCUAUGCCUUGCGUGUGCCAGCCACAAUGGGGUCAGUGAAUCGGAGGUGCUAGACUUUUUCCCUGAGAUGGAGCUUCCUAUGCUUUCCUCUUUACUUUUCCAACUCAAAAACCUGUGCAUUCUAACACUCCGGUGUGGACUUAUUAGGUUCCAACAUCUGCAGGCAUGGGAAGCUGUGAGAUCAGAAUUCCUAAGUAGAGGCAGCAAUACUUCUAUUUACAGAGAGAAAUUGAUUCAUUACUUUAACCAGCAACUAAGCCAGGACCAUGUCACAUGGCGCGUUGCUGAUGAGCUGCCAUGGUUAUUUCAGCAACAAGAAGACAGGACCAAAUUGCAGCUCAGCCUUCUGAACCUCUUUGUUUCACAAAAUCUUUAUAAAAGGGGACAUUUUUCUGAAUUGUUAGCGUAUUGGCAAUAUGUUGGAAAAGAUAAAAGUUCCAUGGCAACGGAAUAUUUUGACUCCUUGAAACACUAUGAGAAAAGCUGUGAAAGUGAAGACAGCAUGACCAAGUUGGCUAACCUCUAUGAGACAUUGGGGCGUUUCCUUAAAGACUUAGGCCUCCCAAGCCAGGCUGUCGCUCCUCUCCAACGUUCCCUGGAAAUCCGCGAGACUGCUCUGGACCCGGAUCAUCCCAGUGUGGCCCGCUCUCUGCAUCAGCUGGCUGGAGUUUAUGUACAGUGGAAGAAGUAUGGAAACGCUGAGCAGCUGUACAAGCAGGCUCUGGAGAUCAACGAGAAUGCCUAUGGAGCAGAACACGCCAGUGUCGCACGAGAGCUCGAGUCUCUGGCUAUGCUGUACCAGAAACAAAACAAAUAUGAACAAGCAGAGAAACUCCGGAAGCGAUCAGUGAAGAUACGUCAAAAGACCGCUCGCCAAAAAGGGCAUAUGUAUGGCUUCACAUUAUUGAGACGCAGAGCUCUACAGCUGGAAGAACUCACGCUGGGAAAAGAUUCAGCAGACUGCGCCAAGACACUUAAUGAGCUUGGUGUCUUAUACUACCUCCAAAACAACCUAGAUGCUGCCAAGAUUUUUCUGACCCGUUCACUGGAGAUGCGUCAGCGCGUUUUGGGGCCUGAUCAUCCAGACUGCGCUCAAUCUCUCAAUAAUUUAGCCGCCUUGCACACAGAGAGGAGAGAGUAUGAAACAGCUGAAGACAUGUAUGAGAGAGCUCUUGACAUCCGCAAAAAGGCCCUGUCCCCUGACCAUCCGUCACUGGCUUACACACUCAAACACCUGGCCAUGCUGUAUAAACGAAGGGGUAAACUGGAGAAAGCUGUCCCAUUGUAUGAACUCUCUCUGGAAAUCAGAGAAAAAAGUUUUGGACCCAAGCAUCCCAGUGUAGCCACAGCAUUAGUCAACUUGGCUGUAAUCUACUGCCAACUAAAGAAGCACAGUGAUGCCUUGCCCUUGUAUGAGCGAGCCCUGAAAGUGUAUGAAGACAGUUUGGGCCGUUCACAUCCUCGUGUGGGAGAAACUCUAAAAAACCUAGCAGUGUUAAGUUAUGAAGAGGGUGACUACGAGAAGGCAGCUGAACUCUACAAACGUGCCAUGGAGAUAAAAGAAGCGGAGCCAUCGCUGGUGUGUGGAAACGCCCCGUCUCGCCAUUCCUCUAGUGGAGACACAUUCAGCCUCAAAGGACCUGUGCCCCUCCCUCAAGUUUUUGGUCAGUCCAACCCCACUUUUUUAAUCAAGUCUCCAUCAAGAAACUAUGUGCUCAGGAAGAAGCCCCCAGGAGAGCUCUUGCCAGGGGCACACAGGAUGGACAGAGAGUAUCAUGUGCAAAAGGCCUUGUUCUUGACUGGCUUUCCUGUUCCUCAGCCUUUGUUGCACUGCACUGAUGCAGACAUCAUUGGCACAGAGUUCUACAUAAUGGAACACAUAAAGGGGCGUAUAUUCCGUGAUCUCCGCCUCCCUGGAGUGUCAGCAUCAGAGAGAGCAGCUUUGUAUGUGGCUGCAGUUGAAGUGCUGGCAAAACUACAUUCUCUGUCACUGGCAACAUUGAAACUUAACGGAUAUGGAAAAGGAUCAGAGUAUAGCAGGAGACAGGUGUCCACCUGGACAAAGCAGUACCACGCAGCUGCUCACAAAGACAUUCCAGACAUGAACAAUCUUACAGAUUGGCUGUUGAAAAAUCUGCCUGACAGUGAUGAUGAAGUUACUCUUGUGCAUGGAGAUUUCCGGAUAGAUAAUUUAAUAUUUCAUGCCAAAGAGGCUCGUGUAAUAGCAGUGUUAGACUGGGAGCUUUCUACCACUGGCCAACCAAUGGCUGAUUUGGCCUACUUCCUCAUGCAUCAUUACUGGCCCAAAGACUUUAAAAUUAACUCAAUGGGCAGCUUAAAAGGAGUGGAAGGUAUUCCAUCUGUGGAGGACUUGAGCUCCAUUUAUUGUAAUUGUCGAGGGAUCCCCUCCUUAAUACCAGAUCUAAACUUCUAUCUGGUUCUAUCAGUCUUUAAAUUAGCAGCCAUUGCCCAGGGGAUUUAUGCUCGCUAUCUCCUAGGGAAUGCCAGUGCCCCAAAUGCUGCUCAGUUUGGCCAGUGUGUGGAGCCACUGGCUGCUGUUGCCUUACAGAUUGCUCAGAGGUCUCUUUCAAAUGCGACUAAAUACAGUGAAGACCCAACUGUUCUCCAGCAGGUUAAAGACUUCAUGAGGCAAUAUGUUCUACCUGCACAAAAGGAGGUCCAAGAAUAUUAUAUCAGACAUGCAGAGUCCCCACAGAGAUGGCACAUUCCUCAAAUCAUAAAAGAUCUCCAGGUGAAGGCAAGAGCGGCCGGACUGUGGAAUCUCUUUCUGCCUGCUGUCAGUGGUCUGAGUCAGUUGGACUAUGCUUAUAUCGCAGAGGAAACAGGGCGCUGCCUCUUUGCUCCAGACGUCUUUAACUGCCAAGCUCCCGAUACAGGAAAUAUGGAGGUCCUCCACAUGUUUGGCAGUGAGGAACAGAAGAGGCUGUGGCUGCAGCCUUUACUCAGAGGGGAGAUCCGGUCCUGCUUCUGCAUGACAGAACCUGAUGUUGCUUCGAGUGAUGCCACAAACAUAGAGUGCACUCUUGACAGAGAUGGAGACAGCUACAUUAUCAAUGGAAAGAAAUGGUGGAGCAGUGGUGCUGGUAAUCCUGAUUGUAAAAUCGCUAUUGUCAUGUGCAAAAGCAAACAACCAGAUACAAACAGCAGACACAGCCUCCACAGCAUGAUCCUUGUGCCCAUGGACACACCAGGGGUGAUUCGGGUCAGACCGCUUACUGUGUUUGGACAGGAUGAUGCUAUUCACGGGGGCCAUUUUGAAGUACACUUUGAGAAUGUGCGUGUUCCCGCGUCAAACAUAAUAUUAGGAGAAGGCCGGGGUUUUGAAAUCGCACAGGGUCGUCUGGGGCCCGGCAGGCUGCAUCACUGUAUGAGGGCAGUGGGCCUGGCAGAGUUGGCGCUGGAGCUGCUCUGUGAGCGCGCCGCUUCUAGACGCACGUUUGGAAAGGCGCUCUACCAACACGAGGUUGUGGCUCACUGGAUAGCGGAGUGUCGCCUUAUGAUAGAGCAGACCCGUUUACUGACACUGCACGCGGCCCAUGCACUGGAUACAAAGGGGAGUCGGGCUUCACGUAAAGAGAUUGCCAUGAUUAAAGUGGCUGCAGCUCGGAUGGCCUGUAAAGUGGUAGACUGUGCAAUGCAGGUAUAUGGAGGAGCAGGGGUCUCUGGGGACUUUCCUUUGGCCCAAAUGUAUGCAUAUGCCCGAACUCUGCGCAUCGCUGAUGGACCAGAUGAAGUGCACCUCUCUUCUAUUGCUCAGCUAGAACUGAGAGAUCAGCUAAAGAAAUCACAGUCCAAGCUGUGAUCACAAGUCAUGUGAUCCUGCAAAAUGCAAUUGUGAUUUGAUUUGCCACCAAAUAAUGCCUUAUGUAGAGAUGAAGAUUUGAUAUCAUGACAGAAUUUAUCUAUUAACAGACACUUGAUUAAAAAAAGAAUCAUGUUUAUUAGGAAUUCUUUUCUAAUGUAAUCUACAAAACGGAAAUUGACAGCAUGAAUAAAAGACACCCGUCAAUAUCGCA